CAGUUUUUUCUCUCCCUCUCCCCUACUCUAUCUUUCUCUGUGUGAUUCUUAACCAAUUACACACUGUCCUGUCUUGCACCCUGUCCCCUUUUUUCUCUGAUCUCACUCAUUUUCCCUCCUUCUUUCUUAAGGCCCUGUUGAGCCCUGAUAAAAACCUGGACCUUGGGAGAGGAAAGGGACAUUUGGGAGCGAGAUGGCGAGAGGGAUGGUGGCCACGUACCUACAUGGCGUCUUCCUCCUGGCUCUGUGGAAGCCCUCACUGCAAGGAGGUGUUUAUGUACCUGCUGGUGGAGCAGCAGGCGCUGGAGCUGGCAUAGGAGGUGCAGGAGCUGGAACUGGAUAUGGACCAGCUGGGACUGGAACUGGAUAUGGACCAGGUGGGACUGGAACGGGAUUUGGACCAGGUGGGACUGGAACGGGAUUUGGCCCUGGAGGAGCUGGGACUGGAUUUCAGCCUGGUGGAGGUGCUGGUCUGGGAGGCUUUGGACCGGGAGCAGGUGGAGGGGGCUACGGUGGUCAAGGACCAGGAGGAGUCGGACCAGGGGGUGUCGGACCAGGGGGUGUCGGACCAGGGGGUGUCGGACCGGGAGGAGUCGGACCAGGGGGAGUCGGACCUGGAGGCUUCAGGCCCAGCACCUUUGGCCCAGGUAGUGGUGGACUGGGAGUCGUACCUGGAGGUGUUGGGGCCGGUGGAAAGCCUCCCAAAACAGGAGGCGGCUACGGUGGCCGUGGAGGAGUGACUGGAGGGCUUGGAGCAGGACAGGGAGCUGGAGGUGUAGGAGGAGGACUGGGACCGGGCGGAGUCGGGCCAGGUGGUUUUGGUCCUGGAGGCUAUGGAACUGGGCCUGGAGGAGUUGGUCCUGGUGGUUUUGGACCGGGUGGCCAAGGCACAGGCCUCGGGGCAGGAGGUUUGGGUGGAGGAGUGCUCGGAGCAGGAGGCCUCGGGACUGGCAGAGGUCAGGGAGCUGGAACAGGCUACGUACCUGGAGGUGGAUAUGGAGGUGGUUAUGGUCCAGGUGCUGGUCAAUACCCAGGAACUGGUGGAACUGGUCCCAAACCUCCUAAAACAGGUUAUGGGCCUGGUGGUACCGGAUUUGGACCUGGUGGUGCUGGAGUUGGGCCUGGCGGUGCAGGAUUUAGACCUGGUGGUGCCGGUGUUGGGCCUGGCGGUGCAGGAGUUGGACCUGGUGGCGCUGGAUUUGGGCCUGGCGGUGCCGGAGUUGGGCCUGGUGGUGCUGGAGUUGGGCCUGGCGGUGCAGGUGUUUGGCCUGGCGGUGCAGGUGUUUGGCCUGGUGGUGCUGGAGUUGGGCCUGGCGGUGCCGGAGUCGGGCCUGGCGGUGCCGGAGUCGGACCUGGCGGUGCAGGAGUCGGACCUGGCGGUACAGGAUUCGGGCCUGGCGGUGCAGGAUUCAGGCCUGGCGGUGCAGGAUUCGGACCUGCCGGUGCAGGAGUCGGACCUGGCGGUGCAGGAUUCGGGCCUGGCGGUGCAGGAGUCGGACCUGGCGGUGCAGGAUUCGGGCCUGGCGGUGCAGGAGUCGGACCUGGCGGUGCAGGAUUCGGGCCUGGCGGUGCAGGAGUCGGACCUGGCGGUGCAGGAUUCGGGCCUGGCGGUGCAGGAGUCGGACCUGGCGGUGCAGGAUUUGGGCCUGGCGGUGCAGGAGUCGGACCUGGCGGUGCAGGAUUUGGGCCUGGCGGUGCAGGAGUUGGACCUGGCGGUGCAGGAUUUGGGCCUGGCGGUGCAGGAGUCGGUCCUGGUGGAGCUGCUGUGCCAGGAGGAGUUCCAAUGCUGCCACAGACUGGCACGACUGGGGGAGGACCUGGAGGAAAGAGCGGUGGUAAAGCAUCAAAACAAGUUCCAGGAGUUGGGGUGCCUGGACUCUAUCAAGGUGGAUAUGUACCAGGCCAAGGUUUUGGAGGCCGUGGUAUUCUCCCUGGAGUGGCCACAGGAUCUGGACUUGGGCCUCAGACUGGGGCCGGGGUACUCGGCCAGGGGGGUGCUGGACCAGGAGGAGCAGGCAAUGGCCGUGGACAGCAGUUGCCUGGGGUUUUCCGUGGUUACCCUCUCGUAUCACCAAAAACAGGUACAUAGGAUCGAGCAAUGCAGUAAUCUCUAUUACAUGAUGAUAAAUGUAAAGGCAGAAACAUAGAAAAUU